GUCAGAAACGGUGAGGCGUAGUUGGGGAAUGGAUUUGUAAACGCGAAGCUCUGGUUGACUCAGUAGCUUAAGCUUUGGCUACAAAAGACUGGAAACUCCCUGGCGCGUGAGAGGCGCAGUUAGCGGGAUUAAUUGUAGCCGUAUGAGUAACGACGAAAUAGAUAUUGUUUGUUGUGGACUUUGUUGGCCGCUGCGGAGGGACACAAAGCCGGCGGAGGCUUUAGAGCUGCGUUACGGCUGAAGAGCUGCUACUAAGUAACUGACCGCUCUGUUUCAGCUCGCCUACAUACCGUAACAUUUUACUGUCUAAUGGUUUUUAUUAAGAUUAUAGAGUCGUUGUUGUUUUAUCACACGUUUAGCGGUGUGUUAGGUGACUGGCUAAACGUGAACAUUUUAAACCUCUGGCUAGCAGCCGAGUUAGCAUGAGAGACUAGCAUCAUAACAACAACAUCAUCAUAACAACAGCAGCAGCAGCAGCAGCUCUGUGCUGCAUCUCAUACAUGCGGGUCUUUAAAACCCGACGAAGGAUUUCAAAGGAAACCGUUUAUUUUUGUAGCUGUUGUUGAAAUAAAGCAGAAUAUUUCAGGUGUCGGUCACUUGGUCAUUAACAGUUCACGGUUGUUUUAAAUCAGAGAUGUGAGUGAAAUAGAAACGGAAACUUUCCCCCCAAAAGGACACAGGGUUGAAUUUCUCAUCUCAAAGGAAGAGAAAUCGGUUUGGAGUUUGUUUCACUGGACGCUCAAGCUGUAGUGUUUCUGCUUUGGAAGUGAAAAAGCUCUCCCUGGGAUUCCCACAAGCCGUGUUCGCCUUUUCGUGUUUCUAAUGCGGAGGCCCUGAUCAGCCCCCCGGCGGCCCGCCAUGCUCAAGUGCAUCCCUCUCUGGCGGUGUAACCGCCACGUUGAGUCGGUGGAUAAACGGCACUGCUCUCUGAACGCCGUCCCCGAUGAGAUCUACCGCUACACACGCAGUCUGGAGGAGCUCCUGCUCGAUGCCAACCAGCUCAGAGAACUUCCCAAGCCCUUCUUUCGGCUACUGAACCUGCGCAAGCUAGGUUUGAGUGACAAUGAGAUCCAGAAACUUCCCCCUGAGGUGGCCAACUUCAUGCAGCUGGUUGAGCUGGACAUCUCUCGAAACGACAUUCCUGAAAUCCCUGAGACCAUUAAGUUCUGUAAGGCGCUGGAGAUUGCGGACUUCAGUGGAAACCCCCUCUCCAGAUUACCCGAUGGCUUUACACAGCUUAGAGCACUAGCCCACCUUGCACUCAAUGAUGUGUCACUACAAUCACUACCUAAUGACAUUGGAAACUUGGCUAAUCUGGUAACCUUGGAGCUGAGGGAGAAUCUACUGAAGUCUUUGCCCACCUCUCUGUCUUUCCUGGUUAAACUGGAACAGCUGGAUUUGGGCAGCAAUCACCUGGAAGUAUUGCCGGACACUCUGGGGGCGCUGCCCAACCUUCGGGAGCUGUGGCUGGAUAGGAACCAACUUUCUUCCCUUCCCCCAGAAUUGGGAAGCUUGCGGCGAUUGGUGUGCCUGGAUGUGUCCGAGAACCAGCUCACCGAGUUGCCCUCCGAGAUCAGCGGCCUCAUCGCCCUCACUGACCUGCUGCUCUCACAGAACCACCUGGAGAAUGUGCCUGACAGCAUCGGCUCCUUGAAGCAACUGUCUAUCUUCAAAGUGGACCAGAACCGCCUUGUGCGUCUAACAGAUUCAAUCGGUGAAUGCGAGAACCUCACAGAAGUGAUGCUGACAGAGAAUCUUCUACAGACUCUUCCCAGUUCUCUGGGAAAGUUAAAGAAGCUGACCAACUUGAAUGUGGACCGUAACCGCUUGAGCAGCGUCCCAGGUGAACUGGGUGGCUGUGCCAGCCUCAAUGUGCUCUCGCUCCGAGACAAUCGUGUGGGCAAGCUGCCUGCUGAGCUUGCAGAUGCCACAGAGCUACAUGUGCUGGACGUGGCAGGCAACAGGCUGCAGAACCUGCCGUUCUCACUAGCCAAUCUGAACCUCAAGGCCAUGUGGCUGGCAGAGAACCAGUCACAACCCAUGCUCAAGUUUCAGACCGAAGAUGAUGAGCGGACCGGGGAGAAGGUGCUCACCUGCUACCUGUUGCCCCAACAGCCUACACCCAGCUUAGAGAACCUACUGCAGAGCAGUGUGGACGAAAGCUGGCCCACAGACACCAAUCUGAACAGAGUGUCCGUCAUCCAGUUUCAGGACCAAACCAAGACUGAUGAGGAAGAUGAUGAGACCGCGGCAGAGAGGAAGCAGGGUCUGCAGAGGCGAGCCACCCCUCACCCGAGUGAACUGAAAGUGAUGAAGAAUGUGAUCGAGGCCAGAAGAAACGAAGCUUACACAGCUAGGCCAGAUGACGACCUGGACUCCCCGGACACUGAGGAGAAACGUAUGAGUGGAUUGUCCAAUCAAAGCCAUGACUCCCAGGUCUCUAACAGCACUGCUUCAGCCAACUCUCAGUAUGAGACGCACAAAGUAAACGGCAUUGAGGUGGAGCUUAACGAAAGGCACGAGCACGAACAGGAGGACGACGAGGACGAUACAGAAUACACUGAGCCCACCGUGCACUUUGCCGAGGAGCCCAUUAUCCGCGGCGGCGACGAGGACGACGAUGACGAGGACGGCGAAGACGGCGAUCGUAGCGACGGCGAGGCUCAGCCAGCACCCUUCCCGGCUGAGAGACAGCGCCUCAUCCGCAAGGACACACCACACUACAAGAAGCACUUCAAGAUCACCAAGCUGCCCAAACCUGAGACUGUAGCUGCAUUACUGGAGAACUUCAGCACCGAAGCCACCACGUCAGCCCCCCGAGUAAACAGCGAAGAACAGGGUGGGGAGGAUGAAGAGGGAGAAUCAGUUAACACUCCUCUGUUGCAGAGAACACAGGUGGCUGAUCAAGUGGACAGCAGGCUGAAUCAGGUGAACAGCUCGCUGCAGCCGGUGAAGGGGGUGUCAUUUGAUCAAGUCAAUAAUCUGCUGAUUGAGCCUGCUCGAAUUGAGGAGGAAGAGCUGGUCCUGAGCAUCCUGAGACAAACUGGUGGAUUAGGCAUCAGUAUAGCUGGGGGGAAAGGAUCCACUCCUUACAAGGGAGAUGAUGAGGGUAUAUUUAUCUCUCGUGUGUCAGAAGACGGUCCAGCUGCACGAGCUGGGGUCAAAGUGGGAGACAAAUUAUUGGAGGUAAACAGUGUAGAUUUGCAGGGAGCAGAGCACCACACGGCCGUAGAGGCCUUGCGGAGCUCAGGAACGGCAGUGACCAUGACUGUUCUGCGUGAGAGGAUGGUAGAGCCUGAGAACCCUAUCACCACUACACCCCUGAGACCAGAGGAUGAUUACUUUCCCCGGGAGAGGAGGUCCUUCGGCCUACCAUUCAACCUGGAACCUGGAUCCACUGCCCUUAGCACAGGCCCCUGCCAGCGCCUGGCCACAUGCUUAGUCCGUAACGACAAGGGCUUAGGCUUCAGCAUUGCUGGUGGAAAAGGCUCCACCCCAUAUCGAACAGGAGACAUGGGAAUCUUCAUCUCUCGCAUCGCCGAAGGAGGUGCUGCUCACCGAGACAACAUCCUUCACGUAGGAGACAGAGUCAUAUCUAUCAAUGGUGUAGACAUGACAGAAGCCAGGCAUGACCAAGCAGUAGUGCUGCUUACUGGAACCUCACCCACCAUCUCGCUGCUAGUGGAGCGGGAACAAGCGAGCGGCUCUCCAGGCCGAACACGCUCCCACUCACCUCCUCCUCCGGAGCCCUCAGAUUCACCAGAUCAAGAAGAGGCCGGUGAUGACCGCUUGGGGAACCAUCUCAUGGAGGAUGAGUACCCUAUAGAGGAAGUGACACUGGUCAAAACGGGUGGUCCUCUGGGUCUGAGCAUCGUGGGGGGCAGUGACCAUGCCAGCCACCCAUUUGGCAUCACUGAACCAGGAGUGUUUAUAUCAAAGGUGGUCCCUCGUGGUUUAGCCUGUCAGAGUGGGUUACGAGUUGGUGACCGCAUCCUAGAGGUAAACUCCACUGACCUGCGACACGCCACCCACCAGGAGGCUGUCAAAGCCCUUCUCUCAAACAGCAAGGAGAUCCGCAUGCUAGUUCGCAGAGACCCCUCACCUCCUGGCAUGCAGGACAUUGUAAUUAACAAGCAGCCUGGGGAGAAGCUUGGCAUCAGUAUCCGAGGAGGGGCCAGAGGGCAUGCAGGCAACCCCUUUGAUCCAACAGAUGAGGGCAUUUUCAUCUCGAAGGUGAGCUCCAGUGGUGCCGCAGCACGAGAUGCUCGCCUGAGGGUGGGUAUGAGAAUCCUAGAGGUGGGCAAUCACAGUCUCCUUGGUAUGACUCAUACGGAGGCAGUCAGGGUCUUGCGUGCCACGGGAGAUACUUUGGUCAUGCUGGUGUGUGAUGGCUUUGACCCCAGAAACGUUGCCGGCAUGGAGGCUUCACCAGGUGUCAUCGCAAACCCAUUUGCUGCUGGAAUUGUUCGAAAGAACAGCAUGGAGAGCAUCUCGUCGAUAGACAGAGAUUUGAGCCCUGAAGAGAUGGACAUCAUGCAGAAGGAGGUUGAGAUGGUGAGAGAGACGUCUCAGUGGGAGCGGGAGGAGAUGGAGAAAGUGGAGCGUAUGCGCUUGGAGCGUGAAGCGGCUACUCGUCUGCUGGAGGAGGAGACUGAGAGCAUGAGCACUGGACCUCUGAAACUGGACUACAAGACACUGGCAGCUCUUCCCACGACCAGCCUGCAGAGGGUCAAUCGGCUGUCUUCUUCUUUUACUGAAUCCUGUCCCAUGGAGAGUGCUCUUCAGGCCAGGUCGUCUGGCACUAUAGAUCCCCUGUGCUUUGAGAAAGCUCACGCAACCCUGUACCAUGUAGAUGCCCCUGUCCUUCCCUCAUCCUCAUUGUGCUCAAUUACGACCUCCACAGCACUCAGACAAACCGAAGCUAUGCCACAGGACCCCAGUCCAUCGUCCGCAGUCACAGAGGAAACACAGGAAGAGGAAUGUCUCGUGGACUCUCAGCCAAUCUGUUUCAAAGAAAAUCCCUUUUUGGUAGCUAACCGUAAGGGUAAGGGCCGCCCCCUCGAGGAACGCAUUCUUUCAGGGCCGCCCACAGGUUAUGGCAGGCAAGGGCACCUUCAGACCUUGUUGUACAAUAAGGUUCCAUCAGCUGAUCCCCCAAGAAUUGAUAGCCCUGUCCGGGAGCCGCUUUAUUCCCCAGGUUCUCAACUGCCAUCAUUACGCCAGUCCUCAUGCUCAGCCCCUGCCACACAAGGCAGGGAAACUCGAUAUGCAAGCAUUCAUGUAUCCUCCAAUGUGACUACCAAGGACAGUUCAGCUACCAAGCCUGGUGCCAUCCAGCCUAUCUCACGGGUGCGGCCGCCUGCCUCUCCAGUCAGUCAGGAUGGUCACCGUAGUCCCAACCCUUUCCAGCAUGGCCCUUCCCCCGUCAACUCCCAGACCACUCCUCGUGCCCCGUCCCCUGAUACUUUCAACGAAUUUCCCAUCAAUGUCAAGCAGGCAUAUAAGGCGUUUGCUGCUGUGCCCCACUCAAUGGCUGUGCUGGAGCCUCCACAGGAUCUCUAUAGUCAGAGGAACAACUUUCACCCAAAGCAGACCUUUCCAGAGCCAGAGGAGUGUAAUGAAGUGUUUAUAGGUGAGGGUGAAAGAGGGGGCCUCAGCCCUCGUCCCUCCCUCACAUCUGACCGUCGUGAGUACAGGAACCUGGCAGCUGUGCCACGCCUGUCUCGCCCCUCCCUGGAGUCUAAGUCUAAGCCCCACACAUCCUGUGGGAGAGGGAGCCCAGAGCAACGGUCUUUCAGAGACAGACAGAAGUACUUUGAGAUUGAUGUGAAGCAGCAGACACCAGACAGCAAACCCAAACCUCGGGUUUCACUUGUAGGAGAGGAUGACCUGAAAAAAAUGAAAGAGGAGGAAGCAAAGAGAAUUGAGAGUGCACGGGAGUAUAUUAUGGAUGAGGAUGAGGACGACGAAGAGGAAGAUCUGGCAAAGCAGGUGGCUCAAAUGAAGGCCCACGGCAAGGUUAUUCUGGAUGGGGUCGAGUACAAGGUUGAGUCUGUCAGCGGGCACGCUCCUACUCCUCCCAGGCAAUGUGCCACACCCUCAAACCACAGUGCCACGCCUCCCAGCUCAGGGCCUUCCUCUGUAGAUGGCAGAGCUGAUUCCCAGCGCAACUCUAUGGAGGAUAGCUUUAGACUGGAGCCCAGACCCAACUCCAUGACUGGUCUGAUCCCUGUGUAUCCCGGCGAGUCUGCAGCUCCCGUCCGCACUGCCAAGGCUGAGCGCAGGCACCAGGAGAGGCUGCGUGUGCAGAGCCCAGAGCUCAGUGUGGUUACAGACAAGGACCUUUCUCCUGCAGAAAAACGGGCCCUGGAGGCAGAAAAAAGAGCAAUGUGGAGGGCAGCCAGGAUGAAGUCUUUAGAGCAGGAUGCUCUCAAAGCUCAGAUGGUCAUUGCUAAGUCCAAGGAAGGGAGAAAGCGAGGCACUCUGGACCAGCUGGCUGAAUCGCCGUCUCCUGCGCCCACACCUUCACCCACUCCUAUGGAAGAUUACAGUCCUCGGUCGGUGACAUCACCGGGUCGACUGUCCCUGUCAGAAAAGAAGUUUGACUACCGACAAUUCGCUGCCAUUCCUUCUGCUAAACCCGUAUACGACAUUCAGUCUCCAGAUGCUACAGAUGUUCAAUUCAACAGUGAUGUCUCCACUAGCCCAGUUUCCUGUGUAGAAGCUGAGGUUCCUGUAGCUCCUGUGGCCACCACUUCUGCUCUGGAGGAGAUGGCUCUGUACAGCAACAAACGUAAACUACGACAGGGGCGGCACAGUCUAGAGACUGCCGUUCCCACAUAAUUUUACACACACGCGCAAUACAUUUUAUAAGGAUAGUGCACAGUAGCUAGUGAUACUACAAGCUAUAGACAAAACUAAAACGCUCCUUCACAGAUACGUGUGAAAGACUUGCAACCACUCUCGCAUCAUUGUAAAGUUUCACAGAGACAGGUUUUUUUUCUAUCUCUUUUGUUUUUUUAAAGAAACACUACAGCUUUUUGGGGUUUUUUUUGCACACCAGUCUUGCCUUUCCAGCUAACAUUUAGCAGAGAUGAGGAAGCUUUUUCCUCUUCCUUCAUACUGGACACUUAAUGAGGGUCAUCAUGCCAUGCAAAGUACACACUUGUUCAUUUUGCUCCCUUGUCCUACAGUUUGCUUUUAACAAAGCUAAAUUAUUUUUUAGAUGAUAGUGAUUUGGGUGCUUUUUAAUACUUUUAGUUUUAAACCUCUGAUAUUAAUGGAAAAAAAAAAAAAUGUUCCUGACUCGUGUUAAUGUUCUGGAGAGACUUUAACUUGCUCAUCUGGACAGCAAGCGAUUAUUCUGUGACUUUCUCUGCCCCAUAGCGGAGGAGGGGGAGAAAAAAAACGUUUUACAUGUAAUUUAUUUCCGUAGUCACCAUUUGACCUUUUUAUUCGUUUUUAAAAGACACAUCAUAAUUGGGAAUAUUCCACCAGUCAGUCCAUAUUUACUGAUUUAUCGAUUUAUCAGCACUGUAUAGAUAUAUCAACUUUAACCAUAUCAAUAUAAAAAUCAGCGUUUUUUUUUGUUUUGUUUUGUUUUUUUGUUUGUUUUUUUCCAUUUUUGAUUUGGAUCAGUGUUCCAAAUGAAUGUAUGUUCCUCGUGUUGGUCUUGUGUUCUGAGGGUUUCAUCUUAUCAUAAAGCAUAAAAAACAUAAAUCAUCAUCAUAUUCUGCCUGGUUUCAGUUGAGCGCAGCUUAAACCGAACUAAACGUCUCUCAAGUCUUCCUGGACCUAGAAGAUGAAAGGCUACAGAGGACAGCAGAAUUAUUAAAAAAUAAUAAUAAUAAUUAUCAGCUUUCUGUCCCAAGUGCAUUGGUUGCAUUCAUGAGAAAACCAGAAUAUCUUCCCCUCUGCAUUUUUCUGCUUCCUGGACCAUGUUGCAUGCUGUUUGCUGGAACAUUCCCAUUACCUGACGGACUAUUAAAAAAAAAAUAAAAAGACAUUCGUAAUAAAUAUUUACUUCAAACUCUCAGACCAUGAACUUUAAUGGAGCCGUCUGAAGAGAAGGUCCAGGUGUCCAUCGUAUAUCAUCUAAACAUGGUACCAUUCUUUCUAUUUAUGUAACACUGGGGUUCAUGCGAUGAACUGUUAUAAUCCCCUGUUUUUUCGUUUCGUGUUUUGGGUUAGUUUUUUUUUUUUUGUUGUUGUUGUGUUUUUUUCCAAUGUGACUCAUGUUCAUAUACUUUCUCUGGAGUUGCUACUCCGUUUUUCUUUUCCAAUUACAUUUAAAUCUAAAGCCACUGAAAUGCUUAGCCUUGUGUGAAUAAUGUACAAAAUGCUGUGAGAAGCAGAACUCCAAGGUAAAACUGAGCCAGUGUGUGCAGUGACGGUGGCAUCCAGAUACAGUACAGUCUUAACUGGUGUCCACUGCAGGAAUAUUGGCUUAACUGCAUUAUUUCUGUUGUUGUUGACGUUAUUCAAUCCUUGGUGAGGAAAAAUCUAUUUUUUUCCAUCCCUCUCUAGAACAAACCAUUUUAUCAUUCUCAAACCAGCUGCCAUCAACACUGUGGUCACUCUCGUGUCAAACAAUGUCUUUCUCUUUACUAAUUGUAGUUUUUCAUCUCGCUCUUGCUAACUGAAAUUCAGUUUCGAAUGACGACACUUGGGAAGUGGCUUAAAUGGCUAAUCGAUCAUUUAUUGUAUUUUUGUAAAAAAAAAAAAAAAAAGAAGAAGAAAUCACAUUUUCACACAAUUAACGAAUGGGAUUCACUACAUUUUUGCAGCAGGACAGUUUUGAUUUCUCUUGUUCUUGAUUUCUUUGGAAUGGGGGGCUUUUUUUUGCUACAUAGGUGAUGGCGGGGCUGAAUGUGGGAGUUAGAGCUCAUUCAGGACUGUAACUAGUGAAUUUGUACAACCAAAGAAGUCUAUUUUGUGGUUCAGGAAUAAUAAAGUUUACUUUUCAUUUAACAA